AUGCCUCAGUUUUGCAUACCUAAUCAUGGACGAAGGUCACAAAUACACCUACGUCGCCUGCGGUGCCGUCGCUGUGACAAAUACCUUUUACAUCACCCCAAAAGUCCCGGCAUUGACAAAACUGUUUCACAAACGACGUCGACAAGUGAGACAUCGAAGCCUUCCAGCGACACAACAGCUGCAACAGAGACAAGCACCACCUCGUCGGGAAGCGCCACAGAAGCCACUGCCGAGGUUUCUGAUGGCAAUCGAUCUGAAUCGAGGAGUGACACAGGUGCAAUAGUUGGCGGCGUCGUUGGGGGCCUGGCUGUGGGUUGCGGAACUGCUAUUACGGUCAUAUAUCUGCUUCGAAGGAAGUCUGCGCAGAAGCUGGAGACGACACCAGAGACGGGGAAGGGGAUGGCUAUGGCACCGGGUCAGACAGGAACGGAUGAUGGACCCAAGGAAUUGGUUGGAUCGAAGCCAUCUGAUAUUCGCCAAACAGCCGAGUUCCAAGGACCGCUGACUCCUCGUCAACCUGGUCCAGUGGAACUACCCUACAACGGAGUGACACGAGAGUGCCGAAACACUCAUUCAGACUUAUUCAGACUUAUUCAGACUUAUGAAGCAGUUUGCGAAUAUAGUAGAGAGGUUUCAGGUAUAUAG